CAGGAGAAAUAUCAUCUUGGCCGUGUCAUAGGUGCUGGGAGCUUCGGUGUUGUUCGGGAAUGCGUGGAGAAGUCGUCGGGGCGCGUCAAUGCAGUGAAGACCAUCCCCAAAGUACCGAAGCGAGGUCUUCCGACGCCACGUUACCUGUUGAAGCUGCGCACGGAGGUGGAGAUCAUGCAGCAACUGGGGUACAGCUUGGACGCGGUGAACCUACGCGAUGUGUUUGAGGACAAUGACGCAAUCCACCUGGUCAUGGAGCUUUGCGAGGGUGGUGCGCUGCUAGAGAGGAUUGAGUCGCACAAGUACUCGGAAAAGUACAUCGCCCGCCUCACGCGCAGCAUUCUUCGCUUCAUUAGCCAGUGCCACGCGAAAGGGAUUAUCUACCGAGACGUGAAGCCGGAUAACUUUCUGUUCUUGCGGCACGACGACGAGUCUCCUCUGAAAGCAACCGACUUCGGGCUUUCUAUCCGCCACUGGCCGGAUGAGCCGAAGCUCACGUCGCGCUCUGGAACCCCCGCCUACAUGGCACCCGAGUUGGUAUUACAGUCCUAUGACGAGAAGUGCGACAUUUGGUCCGUGGGCAUGCUGACGUACCAGCUGCUGACGGGGCGCUUUCCCUUCUGGGAGGACGUCCGGACCCAAACCCUGAGCGAUGUCUGGAAGGCCAUCUUGACUCAGGACGUCAACUGGAAUGCGCUGGAGCUCAAGCAGCUGUCCCCCAGCGCCGUGGACCUGCUCAAGAGGUUGCUGCAGCGGGAUCCCGCCCAACGGCCAUCAGCAUUCGUGGCUCUGGAGCACCCCUGGCUGUCGGAAGAUGGCCGGGCGAGGGACCUGCCGCUGCAAGGCAGCGUUGUGCAGCGCCUGCAGCGCUUCUCGACCUUUGGCCACCUGAAGCAGCUGGUGCUGAAGAUGAUUGUUGACGAGAUUCAAGAUGAAGGCAAGCAGGGCAAGGCGCCUGCCAGCCGCAAGGCGCGCGCUGCUCUAGGGAACCUGCAGGACCUCUUCAACGAGCUCGACACGGACAGCAGCGGUGCAAUAACGCUUGAGGAACUGUCAGCCGGGCUUCGGCGCCAGGGUUACGUCCUGGCUGACAAUGAGAUUGAGAACCUGAUGCGGCGGGUGGAUUUCGACCACAACGGCACCGUGGACCUGUCAGAGUUCAUCACCACGUUGAUGGAUUGGGAUCAGGUGCAGGCGGAGCAAGGUUGGCAGGUAUAUUUGGAUCACGCAUUCCGCAAGAUGGAUCACGACGGAGAUGGCUACAUCUCCUUGGACGAGCUCCUCCAGCAGCUGCCCCCGCUGCGGCCCGCGCCAGGUGUUGGCUCUCUGGCGCAGGUGGUUUCGGACGCAGCGGCUGCACUGGGCUUCAGCCGCGGGUACGACGGCGACGCGGAGCGCCUGGCGGAGGCCAAGUUAAUGCUUCGUGAGGCGGACACUAAUGGCGACGGGAAGAUCAGCCGGGAGGAAUUUUUCGAUCUCUUGAAGGAGAGCCACGCGCCCGACAGUCUGUCUUUCUAUGAUGACAGACUGGCGAUUACCACGGACGGUCGCACCUCGGCCGUGGUUGGGCAGCAGAACCGCCAGCCGGCCGCCAAGCUAUGAAACAUUUUUAAAGCUUUAUGUGAGCAAAUAAGUAUGUACUGGCAGCGGCAUAGUAUGCUAUGGAUGCUGCCGAAGCUGUGACAUGUAACUGUUGGUUGUGCAUCCCACUUAUCGCCACCGAUACCGACGGUGUUGGGGCUUUGGUAUGUUCUGGCGCUACCUAACGCUGUCGAAGCGCUUGGCU